CCGUCUGUUUCGUGACAAAUAAUGCAAGAGCUUAGUGUAAAAGAAAGACAAACAGCAUUUUUUCUCCUCUUCUUCAGCUAUUCUCCUCGUGAUCGGUGCACAGUCUAAUGUAACAUUCCUUAUUAUUAUUAUUAUAAAGUAAGUUAGGGGUCAUAUUCUUUGAUUUAAAUUACUACUAAUAAGACUAUUUUGUUUUUAUAGUUAUAUAUAUAUAUAGUUUGUUUGUAGUUAUAGUAGAUGGAACACAGAGCUCAUUAUGGGAUCUGUAUUAAUUAAUUUGUUUGUUCAACUAAUUAGUCCCUCCACCAAUUAUUACCAUUAUUGCAAUUCCCACAUUCCUUUGUUUUUUCUUUAACUACUUUUGAGUUUAGUCUUUAGAGAGAGCCAAACCCAACACUUUGUUUUGAUACAGACACAAGUGAAGUGAUCUCAAAUGUUGUUGUGAACAAGAACUGGACAUAUAUAACUAUAAAGGGUUCUUGACCUAUUCAAGAAUAAAUCUACAAUGGCAAAAGAUUUGUGACCAUAAUGGAUCCUCAGGCUUUUAUUAGGUUGUCUAUUGGCUCAUUGGGACUGAGGAUUCCUGGGGCAGCUUUGAACUCAGUGAAUUCUGGAAUUCAUGUAGUCUCUUCACCAUGUUCAUGUGAAAUUCGUCUUCGAGGUUUCCCUAUGCAGACAACACCAGUACCCUUAGUAACCUCUCCUGAAGCAACACCUGAUUCUCACAGCAUUGCCUCAAGCUUUUAUCUUGAUGAAUCUGAUCUGAAGGCAUUGUUGGCACCUGGCUGUUUCUAUAGCACUCAUGCAUGUUUGGAGAUUGCUGUAUUUUCAGGAAGGAAGGGGUCCCAUUGUGGUGUAGGCACCAAGAGGCAGCAGAUUGGAACAUUUAAACUGGAGGUUAGUCCCGAAUGGGGUAAUGGGAGGCCAGUGAUUCUUUACAAUGGUUGGAUAGGUAUUGGCAAAAGCAAGCAGGAGAGUGGAAGACCAGGAGCAGAGCUUCAUCUGAGAGUGAAACUGGACCCUGAUCCAAGAUAUGUUUUCCAGUUCGAAGAUGUGACCAAAUUGAGUCCUCAAAUAGUUCAGCUUCAAGGCUCCAUUAAGCAGCCAAUCUUCAGUUGCAAGUUUAGUCGUGAAAGGGUGCCCCAGGUGGACCCAUUGAGCACUUAUUGGUCAGGUUCUGCUGACAGUUCUGGCCUAAAGAUAGAGAGAAGAGAAAGGAAGGGGUGGAAGGUGAAGAUACAUGAUCUCUCUGGCUCAGCUGUUGCAGCAGCCUUCAUAACAACUCCAUUUGUGCCAUCAACAGGUUGUGAUUGGGUAGCCAGGUCCAACCCAGGCGCUUGGUUGAUUGUUCGCCCUGAUGUUUGCAGGCCUGAGAGUUGGCAGCCAUGGGGAAAGCUUGAGGCAUGGCGUGAACGUGGCAUCAGAGAUUCUGUCUGCUGCAGAUUUCGCCUUCUUUCUGAAGGCCACGAGGGAGGGGAGCUUCUCAUGUCUGAGAUUUAUAUCAAUUCUGAAAAGGGUGGGGAGUUUUUCAUAGACACUGACAGACAAAUGCGAGAAGCAGCCGCAAGUCCAAUACCAAGCCCACAAAGCAGUGGAGACUUUGCAGCAUUGAGUCUAGUCGUUGGAGGUUUUGUCAUGAGCUGUAGAGUGCAAGGGGAAGGGAAGAGUAGCAAGCCAUUGGUACAACUGGCCAUGCGACAUGUAACAUGCGUGGAGGAUGCUGCCAUUUUUAUGGCACUUGCAGCAGCUGUCAAUCUCAGCAUUGAGGCAUGCAGGCCCUUCCGGAGGGGGAUCAAGAGAAGUUCCCGCCAUUCUUUGUGAAGUAUGUAGAAAAUGUGGUGACUAAUUUCUACGAACACAAAGACUUUAUGAUUGCUGUUAUAUUUGGUAUUCUGUACAGGAUUCCCUAAUUACAUCUUUACUUCCAAAACUUGUUCCACUCAAGCAUAGCACUUACAGCCUGCCAGAGAGCAAUCUGCCCAGGCAUUACUUGGGGCUUUUGUACAAUUGGAGAGGGUAGUUUCUUUCCACUAUAAGUCUAAAGACAAAAAUUUUCAUAAUCCUUUUCACAACUAUUAAUGAGGCACGAUGUGAUUGAUGCUACUAAAAUUAGUGUUAGCACUGGGACCAUGUGAAAGUGAUUGUCAUUCUAAUCACCACUUAGCACGCCAUCAGUUGUGAAAAAGAUUGUGAAGUUUUUUUAGUCCCUAAUCUUCUUUCCAAAGCAUGUUUCUGUCGAAUUGGUGAUUACUGUUCAUAUUUCUGUAGACGAUCUUUCCAGAUCUUUUAAAAGUAUAGAGGCUGAAUUAAUAUAUUGACAAGGUGUUCUAUUAA